UUAAUAAUUUAUUUAUUGAGGACGAUAUUUAAUUAAAUUUAUUUAAAUUUUAUUAGAUGAAGGAUGAUAUUAGCACAGGACCGUUUGAUCAAUCUGUUUUAUACCUUCAGGCCAACCAUCGAUCUGAGUUGGUUUGGCAGGACGAGUAUACUAAUGCUUUACAUUGUAGACGUCGCGAGGCUGUUAUUAAUAGAAUGACACGACCAGACCCUCGGAUUGAGCCUUAUCUACGACAAUCUGGAUUUUAUGGUUUGUCGUGCAUUAGUUUUAUCCAAUUAGAUUGACAUUUAAUCACUGCUUUGGUGGAGCGAUGGAGACAAGAGACACACACAUUCCAUAUGCCUCAUGGAGAGUGUACCAUCACCUUACAGGAUGUGGCCAUCCAAUUUGGACUAUCAGUUGAUGGGAAAGCUUUGACUGGGUCGAUUCAGCAUAAUUGGAAAGAUAUUUGUACUGUUUUACUAGGAGUUACACCAGAACAUGUAGUUCUAAAAGGAGGUCGCCUUAGCUUGCCAUGGCUAGCUAACCAAUUUAAUAAUUUUGCCCAUCUACCAGAGAAUGCUAAUGAACAUGAUGUUCAGCGUUAUGCUCGAGCGUACAUUCUUACACUUAUCGGAGGUAUGGUAUGCCCAGGUAAGUCUAAUAGUAGAGUUCACCUCAUGUACCUACCUCUCCUAGCAGAUUUUGAGGAUGCAGGACAGUAUAGUUGGGGGGCAGGUUGUCUUGCAUGGCUUUAUAGAGAGCUAUGCAAAGCUUCAAUUAUUGAUGCACAAGAUAUAGCAGGUCCACUUAUAUUGCUUCAAAUUUGGGCAUGGGAUCGAUUCCCCACCUUAGCACCUCGGAGGCUACAUCGAUAUGAGAAUAACUUGGGAGAUAGGCCAUUAGCAGUACGGUAUGAAAUUUGAAUUUUUAAUUUAAAAACUUUAUUUGUAUGUUUUAAUUGUGUCACAAUAAAACUAAUAUUCAAUUUUUUAUAAUGGGGAGAUGGAAUGAUGAAUUUUGUGUCACUGAAGUAACUACACAUGUUUUGAUCCAAUAUCGAUAUAUGUAGAUACACUUAUGCCUGAUCAGAUUAUUUGGGAGUCGUAUAUGCAACUAAUAGAAAGAUUACCCGAAUAUUGUCUCAAUGGUCGUCAUAUAUGGACGACUAGAAGCCCACUCAUAUGUUUUUUUGCAGUAGAGUGGCACCUUCCAGAUCGUGUAAUGCGUCAAUUUGGGUGGAUGCAACAUAUUCCUGCACAAUGCAAUACAGAUAUGCAACUGCACACAUAUGACCUACGUGGUAGACAUGAACGAAGUUGGGUUAGUCAUUUGGCUCCUCAAAUUACAGAGUGGGAAAAUCGACAUAAUGUUAUCAUUCAGGGGCAACAUAUAAACCGGGAUGAAGAUGUUGAGCCUAGAUACUACUGUUGGUAUUAUAGCAUUACUAGACGAUACAUCACCAGAGCAGGAGCAUCAUAUAAUUAUUUGAAUAAUUUACCAAACAUGACUGAUCUUGGUAGAAGGUCCCUACAAAAUCUCACCAAUGCCUAUCGAGUCAGGCAUUUGGAUGGACCAGAGCGUAGGGAAAAACGACAUCAAAGAGGACCUAAUAUACCGACUAAUGAUCUAGUUGAGCAUGAAGUGGAAUGCCAAGCUCCCACACCUCUCAGUCUUUCAUGUAAUGAAUUUUCUGAGUCGAACUCCAAUUGAGAUGGUCUCUAAAGACAUUCACAUCUUUAGAGUCAACUUCCAAAGAGAUGUUCUUUAAGGUACUCAUCUUCCAAGUGCAAUUUCACAGUAAUCUUAUGUGUCAUAAUAAAGCUAGCUAAUGAUUUCCUCCCAUGGAAAGUUUGGAGAGAUCUUUUGCUUCUUGGAUUAGUUCACAUUUGUUUCCCAAUUCCUAGGUAGAUACUUAAGAUUUUCCCAACAUUUUUGGAGGUUGCAUAUUCUUCACCAAGACUCGUCGAGGCAUUUAUAAUGUUAGUAAAUCAAGUUAAUAUAUAGGUAAUAGCCUCCUUAGCAUCAAUUUUAAACUAUUCAGCGCACAAGUAUAUGCUAAUUUUAGA